GCAUAUCGUACUUGUUGCGAGCGAGGCGGAAGGAGGAAUCAGCAGUUCGCUCAGUCCAACAUAAUACGCUCAGGAAAUGUCUAGUACCCCUACUGUCUAUCUCGUGUCCGGGUCUAAUAGAGGCAUAGGAUCGGGUCUUGUUACACUCCUUGCUGCUCGGGAGAACACGGUCGUCUUCUGUGGCUGCCGCAACCCUGCAGCAGCGACUGACCUCGACGCCCUCGUAGCCAAGCACCCAGGCAAAGUGCACAUCGUCAAGAUUGUCUCUGGCGAUUUGGAGGGCAACAAAGCCGCUGUAGAGGAGGUUAGGAAGAUUGCUGGGAGGCUGGAUGUCGCGAUCGCCAACGCGGCCAUUGGCAACUAUUUGGGGCCCGCUUUGCAGACCCCCCCAGAAGCUAUGAGGGAGCAUUUCGAGGUGAACGUCAUUGGCACCUUGGUUUUCUUCCAAGCUGUGUACCCCCUCCUUAAGGCCUCUACCGAGACUCCCAAGUUCAUUCCCAUUGCCUCCGGGGCUGGGUCCAUGACGGACGGAGCGCGUUUCCCAGUCCCCGUACUGGCGUAUGGAGCGAGCAAGGCUGCAGAGAACUAUUUAGCCAGGAAGCUGUGGUUCGAGUGUCCGGGGUUGAUUUGCGUGCCCAUUGAGCCAGGAGGUACGAAAACCGGGCUCACGGAAACUGUCAUCCAGGCUGUCCCGCAAAUGGCUAAUUAUCCCUUCCAGUCCGCGGAGGAGGCCGCGGCCAACCUGCUCAAGAGGAUUGACGAAGCUGAGCGGGGAGGAGAUGAUGGUCCAGGCUACUGGCUGCUCCCCUAUGCAGGGGCAGAGGACGACGUUCUACUCGACAUCCCUCCUCUGGUAUCCAGCGUCCUUGGGAUCUUGCCAGUGCCAACCGAGACUGCACCGAUCAUAACAAUAACAGUCACAACGACAGUAACUGCAACGACUACAGUAACAGAAGCAUGCAGUCCUUCGAUCACAUCUAGCUCUCCACCGAUGAUCUGGCGCCAGUCGUUGACCAUGACGGACCUUGAUGAGUGGAAUAUAACCAACUUCGCUUGUGGCAAACAGAACCUGAACAUUGUGUCAUCCAUCCCUCUCCCACUAUAUGCAUCAGCUCCUAUUGCUACAGAACUCGUUUCACUCACCAACGACAUCCCAAUCAUCAUCGCACGGGGACCAGGACCGUUGCCGCCCACCGAGUCGCCGUCACUGCUGCGCAUCACCUACCCUAUCCAUUCGUCCGACCCCUCCCUAACCCCCCUCGGCGGCGCCGACUUCUAUUCCAAUCCCCUUUCCAUAGCUCUCAAGAACGCCACUUCCGUAUCCCUGUCCUACUCAGUAUUCUUCCCCCUCGAGUUCGACUUCGUUCGGGGAGGGAAACUGCCGGGGUUGUAUGGCGGUGCAUAUGGAUGUUCGGGUGGGAAGAGUGCCGAGGAAUGCUGGAGCUCGAGAUUGAUGUGGCGGAGAGAAGGAGCAGGAGAGCUGUAUUUGUAUGCUCCAAAAGCGGCCCAGACUUCCGCGCUUUGCUCCACCCCACCACUCACUAUAUGCGGUAGUGCAGACGGGCAAUCCAUCGGUCGUGGGUCAUUUAAUUUCACUCGUGGAGCGUGGACACACGUGUUACAGAGGGUGACGCUUAACACCCCUGGGGAGUGGGACGGAGAGUUUGAGUUGUGGGCGAAUGGGAAGAGGGUGAUUAAGUUGGAUGGAAUGUACUGGAGAAAGGCUGCGACUCCCAGCACCCCUGAUGAAGGACAUGAGGAUGAAACUGGGGGAGCAGGCGAUGAAAGCGAAGAAAACUCCCCCCUUCUGGACCAGCUGCAGGGGAUCCUAAUCGAAACAUCCUCCCUAUCCCUCGGAUACUCAGGUUUUCUCCUCAAACCGGCCCUCGUACCCUCAAUGAACAAUACAACCCUUUCUCAGACAGCUUUGCGACCAAAUGCGAACGGCGUCGCUGGUGCAGGAACGCAUCGUCCACCCGAGCGAGGAACGAACACGAGUCUCAAGCCCAAAACGAGCAAGACUACCAAAGGAGCUACAUCUCCUCAUGGACCGCCCGGCUUCUCAGGCAUCUUCUUCUCGACUUUCUUUGGCGGCUCCGGUCCUGAAUGGGCUACUCCGGAGGAAACAUGGACGUGGUUCAAAGACUUUGAACUGGUGGUGCAUUACUAGCUCCUAGGCAACAGCAGUUGCCCAAGUUCAAAUGUCUUUGGGGUGGUCUUCCCUUACAAGUUCCAACUUCUCAUAUGCAGUCUUCAACACGAAGUUAACGAUGGGAUAGGUCUCGAAUGCGCUCGUCCGAACAUUGCAAUCUCGGGGGUAUGUCCGAUGUCCAUGUGCGAGCCAAGUGCAUGACUGAGGAGUGUUCGAGCCCUUGGUUAAUAUCGCCAGAGGAGAACAGCACUCGAGCAUGCUCAGAGAGUCGCCCAAAUAUCGCAUGUCGAAUAUUGAGUACUCAGUAUGCAAUAUUGCUGCAAAGCACUGACCUGUCCAUCCCUCCCACGUCUUUCAGUCCACUCGUUUCCGACCCGCCGUUAUCCUCGCCGGCAACCCAAGGUUUUCCCCAGGUUGAGGUUGAUCCGUCAUGAACUGCGAACUCCGUUUCCAUCGGAGGAGUAUGGCGGAGCAAAUGACAAAACUCUUGCUUCCGUCAGCGAUCCCCGUAUA